GUGGAUUUUUAAAACUUCCUAAUUUCAAAAUAAAUAAAAAAAAUUAAUAAAUUAUUAAAAAAAUAUAAUUUACUCAUAUCAAUUCCAAGUUCGAUCUUGAAGAAAAGUGUUAAUUGUUGGAAAUAAAUAAAAAAGAAAGUUUGAAAUCUGGGGAAAAAAUUCAAUAGCCAAAAAUAAAACAAAAAAAUUUUAUGUAAUUUUUUUACCCCACUGUGCCUUUUUUACCCAACUGGCUGCCUGGCAGUUUGGUGUCUGGUGCAACCUGCUGUGUGUGUAACGGUGACAUACUUUUUCUUUAAGAAAACUUCUCACAAACAGCCAACAACGACAACAACAACAACAACGUGAGCUACUGCGGAGUCAAGCUAAUGAAAAAAUAAUACAAAUCAACACGACUUGAAAUUGUAAUUCACCUGUGCAGCCAAAAUCUUGGAUACCAGCGAGGAACAGUUACCGUUUGAAAAUCAACUAAAAAAAAAAUAAAAUUAAAUAAUUAAAUCGAAUCGAAAUAAACCCACCAAUGAAAGAGAAAUCUUAAUUACAAUCUCCCCUCCAAAAAAAGAUAAAAAAGGGUUCUCUCUCUGUGUAACCUCAAGUGAUCAAAUGUGUUCCUCUUCAACACCUUGCUGCAAUUAAUCAUAUCAUUCGAUCAUUUGUCAUCGUCCAACAUCUAGAACUCAUCAUCCCAAAAAAUAAACUGAAAUCAAUUUUUUCUGGACUUCUACUUCACGUCGGCUUCAUAGACCGACCAUCACCACCACCUGUCUUCAAAAUGCCCAAAAUCUCCACACAUUUACUGUUGCUGAUCAUUAGCCUAUUGGGCUAUCAUGCUCGAAUCGAUGCACAAAAUAUAGAUGGUUCGUGUAGCUUUCCCGGUUCCCCAGCCCAUAGUACGGUGGUCUUUACAAAUGCCAAUCUAACCGAUGGCACUGUGGCUUCUUACUCCUGCGAACGUGGUUUUGAGUUGCUCGGUCCUGCCCGCAGAGUUUGUGACAAGGGUGUCUGGCUGCCAGAGGGCAUACCAUUUUGUGUACUGAAUGUGGCCGCCGGCAAGGCACCCAUGCAAAUUUCCACCGAAGGUUCCGGUGCUCCACAAAAAGCCAUCGAUGGCUCCACCUCGGCCUUUUUCACACCCGAGACCUGUUCACUGACCAAAGCCGAACGUUCGCCAUGGUGGUAUGUAAAUCUAUUGGAACCCUAUAUGGUGCAGCUGGUGCGUUUGGACUUUGGCAAAUCGUGCUGUGGCAACAAACCCGCCACCAUUGUGGUUCGCGUUGGCAACAAUCGUCCCGACUUGGGUACCAAUCCAAUUUGCAAUCGUUUCACGGGUCUGCUGGAGGAGGGACAACCUCUCUUCCUGCCCUGUAAUCCUCCCAUGCCGGGUGCCUUCGUUUCGGUACAUUUGGAGAAUAAGACGCCCAAUCAGCUGUCCAUUUGUGAGGCAUUCGUUUACACUGAUCAAGCUUUGCCCAUUGAACGUUGCCCCACGUUCCGUGAUCAGCCCCCAGGCGCUUUGGCUUCCUACAAUGGCAAAUGUUAUAUUUUCUAUAAUCGUCAACCGUUGAACUUUUUGGAUUCUCUGGCUUUCUGCCGUUCACGGGGUGGUACUUUGAUUAGCGAAAGUAACCCCGCCCUCCAGGGUUUCAUUAGCUGGGAAUUAUGGCGUAGACAUCGUAGUGAUGUGAGCUCUCAAUAUUGGAUGGGUGCUGUGCGUGAUGCUGUCGAUCGUUCUACCUGGAAAUGGGUUAAUGGUGAAGAGGUGGCUGUGUCCUUCUGGAAUCAUCCUGGCGGUGAUGAGGAUUGUGCUAGAUUUGAUGGCUCCAAGGGAUGGUUGUGGAGUGACACCAAUUGUAAUACGCAUUUGAAUUUCAUCUGUCAACAUCAGCCCAAGACUUGUGGCCGACCGGAACAACCACCCAAUUCGACAAUGAUUGCCUUGAAUGGUUAUGAAGUUGGCGCCCAAAUUAAAUAUACCUGUGAUGCUAAUCAUUUGCUGGUUGGUCCAUCGACCAGGACGUGUUUGGAGACGGGUUUCUACAAUGAAUUCCCACCGGUGUGUAAAUAUAUUGAAUGUGGCUUGCCUGCCUCCAUACCUCAUGGUGGCUAUGAUCUACUGAAUGGCACAGUUGGUUAUCUGAGCCUGGUUAAAUAUCGCUGCGAUGAAGGCUAUGAAAUGGUGGGUCGGGCCCUGCUCACCUGUGACUUUGAUGAACGCUGGAACGGUCCCCCACCAAGAUGUGAAAUUGUUGAAUGCGAUACCCUACCCGGCAACUACUACAACACCAUUAUUUCGGCGCCCAACGGUUCUUAUUACGGCUCUAAGGCUGAAAUUACCUGUCCACCUGGCCAUCGUUUGGAGGGACCCAGUACUCUUACCUGUUUGUCUUCGGGUCAAUGGAGCAGUGCCCUGCCACGUUGUAUUAAAGUGGAACCCUCUACCACAUUGCCACCUCCACCACCACCUAGCACAGCAGCACCCACAGUGCCUUCCACCACUUCCUACCGGCCCAAGAUUAGCAGUACCACUACCAAGAAGACCUAUAGGCCCACAGCCACCACCACAACCAGCAGCAGCAGCAGUACGGCAUAUCCCACCAGUCCCCAAGUGGAAAUCAAUGGAGAAACCGAUUCCGAUGAAGAUGUCACCUAUGUGGUGCCCGGCACGGUACGCGAAGAAUUCCCACCACGCCGCACAGUGCGCCCCGUGCUCACACCCAACAAACCCAAGACCACACCGGCCUAUGAAACACCCAGUAGACCCACCACAGCCUCGAGUACCUCAAGACCACCCACCUACUACAGUCCUCCAACGCGUACUCGUGCCCCAUCAUCCACACCAGCCACCGAGACCACCACCCGCAACAUUCAAAAUGUCAUCCAAAAUGCCCAUCCUCAGGAUAAUGAAAUUGCCGACAGUGUCAAUAUUCGCCACAAUCAAUCGCCCAAUGUCAACGUGCCCUUCUCCGUCGAAAAUACCAAUCACAAAGAGACCAAGGAAGCCAAACUCAAUUUGGGCGCCAUUGUGGCUUUGGGUGCUUUCGGUGGUUUUGUCUUUUUGGCUGCUGUCAUCACCACCAUCGUCAUAUUGGUCAGAAGCACCUCGAACAGCAAACGGCGGCACAAUGCAAAACAUUUCUCAUAUCCACCACCACCACCAUCGUCAUUACCACCAUACUACAUUCCCAAAUCACGUCUACGCUACAUGCCACCACCCAUGACCAUGAUGACGACGGCCACCACCCAGUUCAAUGCUUCGACCUUUGAUCCCCAAAAAUCGUAUUUGGGCAUUGGUGGCAACAUGGAUAGCAUUCGGCCCCAAAGGCUAUACGAUCAUUAUAGCGUUAGUUCGAGCAUCAAAAAGGAACCAUUGCCCUCGAUAUGGAGCACGGGCAUUCUUGCACUGCCAUUCGAUGAUCAGAAAUGGGGAAGGCGUGAAUUGAGCACAUGUGGUCGUAGCUAUGCCACAAGGGCGGGCAUUUUCAGCAGUGAACAUGUAAAUCGCACCACUCAACAUUAUCGCCACAGAGCUUCACCCGAUUGUAAUACCGUUGCUUCGUUCGAUAGUUCUACAUCUGGUUCCCGUAAUGGUCUCAACAGAUACUACCGUCAAGCCUGGGAAAACCUCCACGAGUCUGCCUCCAAGAAUAGUUCACACAAUGCCUUGCGCCGCAAAGAGACUUUGGAUCCACCAGCCAUGACCAGAUCUAGGGAUAAUCUAAGGGAUAAUAUGCAAAGGUCUAGAGAUAAUUUGGAUCGUGUUGGUCGUGACAACUAUGGCAUGCGUGAUAAUUCCGAAAUGGUCGUCUCCGAUGUCUGUCUAAAAGAAAAGAAACGUCACCAUCAUCAUCACCACAAAAACGGUUCUUCACGCAAUGGUGAAUAUCGUGAUCAUUCGGCGGGUAGGCGGGACCAUCAUCGACACAGUGGAGGACAUUAUUGACCAGCUAUGAUAAUAACCAUCAAUGUAGAACAAUAAAAACAAAACCAACAACAAAACAUAUUACAAACGGGAUGCAAUAUUCACAAACUAAGAAUACAUUAAAUGCAGAACAAACAAAAAAAAAAACAACAACAAAAACAACGAAAUAUAAUUAUAUAAUUUUUAAGUUUAAUUUUUAUUGUUAGGUUUUUAUUUUUGUAAUUUUUAAGAAGCAAAAAAACACUAUCACUGUCCCACUAUCCAAAAAAAGAUGGCAAACGCAAGAACAACAACAAUUACCCCAAAAAAAUGCUAAAGUCAAUAGAAUUUUUUUCUAUAAUUUAAACAAAAUAAACGAAUUAGUUAAUAAGUUUUUUUUUUCUUAGAGGAAAGUUAUUGCAAAAGCUUUUUGAGUGCAAAAUGUGUUAAUGUUUGAAAUCUUUUGCUUUGUAAAUUAUAAAGCUUUCGGAUAAAGCAUUAGCAAGACAAUCUAUUACCCAAACACAAACGCUUGGCUAGGCCUUCUCAAAGCUUCUUGGCAUUUCACACUUCAAAAUUUAAAAAAAAAUGUUUUGUUUUUUUCUAAUUAUGAAUAACUUGGUUUAAUUUAUACUGCCUCCAAAAGACCUCGGUCUUUUGCUGAUUUAAGCUAAAUCGAUUUAUUCAUAAAAAAUUAUUUUGAAAAAAAAACCCUCCCAAAACUUAUAUAAGUGUGCCAUUACCGGCAUCUUUUUUAAAUAUUAUUUCCAAAAAACAACAAACAAUUGUUCAUUUCAAUAUCACCUAUUAUUAUACUCUACUCGCAUGAAUUUUUUUCCCUUCGUAUACAAAAACAAAAUCACAUAUUAAACUAUUGGCAUCAUUUUAUUUAUGUUAUACCAUUUAAGUCAAGUUUUUUUUAGAACAGCAUUUCAUUAUAUUUUUAUAUUGUAAUAUUAUUUUGUAUUUGUUUAGUUUUGAAAACAAAACAAAAAACAUAACUGAAUCCCAGAACAGCAAUAUUUUUGUAACUUAAUUUUGUGUUUCUUUUCUUGUGUAAAUAAUAAAUUAUUUAUAAACUGAUAUACCUACAUACAAAUUAUAUGAAGAAGACAUACACAUAAAUACUAAUUUACAAAUUUAAUUAAAAUAAAAUAAAAAAAUGAAAAUAUAAAAUCGAAAA